UUAAGCAAAAAACAAAAGAAAAGAAAAAAAAAAAAAAACAAGUGAUUCUAAAUUUCUAAUUAAUAAUUAACCCUAAAUCUCUAUUAAGGUCACUCUGUCCACAGACAUUGAAUCCACCUUUUUUUUUCUUUUAAUUGUUUUUAAUAAUCGCUACCUUUUCACCUCAUAUUGAUAACUCUUCCAUAUCCAAAAUCACAAUCUAAGGUUAAUUAUACGCGCACAUUUUUCUGUUCUCGAUUCAAAGUUGCAUCCUUUGUCCAGGCUAUCUAUCAGUCAUAAUUUAAAAUGGCUUCUUCCACGCUAAUCUCUGACACUGAGCAAUGGAAGGAGUUGAAGGCCCAUGUCGCAGACAUAAAAAAGACUCAUUUGCGAGAUUUAUUGCGUGAUGAUGCUAGAUCCCAGUCCAUGACUGUGGAGUUUGAUGGGAUUCUAUUGGACUACUCAAGACAGCAGGCUACCCUUGAAACAGUGGGAAAACUCUUCAAAUUGGCUGAGGCUGCAUCCCUGAAACAGAAGAUAGGCCGAAUGUACAAUGGGGAGCAUAUAAAUAGCACUGAGAAUAGGUCAGUGCUUCAUGUUGCUCUUCGUGCUUCAAGGGAUGCUGUUAUACAGAGUGAUGGAAAGAAUGUUGUCCCUGAUGUUUGGAAAGUGCUGGACAAAAUAAAGGAGUUUUCCGAGCGGGUUCGCAGUGGAUCUUGGGUUGGAGCUACAGGAAAGCAACUGAAGGAUGUUGUUGCCAUCGGUAUUGGUGGUAGCUUCUUAGGCCCACUUUUUGUGCACACUGCUCUACAAACAGAUCCUGAAGCAAGUGAAUCUUCAAGAGGACGUCAGCUGCGCUUUCUUGCAAACGUUGAUCCAAUUGAUGUUGCCAGAAAUAUCACGGGAUUAAAUCCUGAAACAACCCUAGUUGUGGUUGUUUCAAAGACAUUUACAACUGCCGAAACAAUGUUGAAUGCUCGAACACUCAGGGAAUGGAUUUCAUCUGCUCUCGGGCCCUCAGCAGUUGCAAAACAUAUGGUUGCUGUCAGUACUAAUCUUACGCUUGUGGAAAAGUUUGGCAUUGACCCUAAUAAUGCUUUUGCAUUUUGGGAUUGGGUUGGUGGCCGAUAUAGUGUUUGCAGUGCUGUUGGAGUAUUGCCUUUAUCAAUACAAUAUGGUUUCCCAGUAAUUGAGAAGUUUCUAAAGGGAGCUUCCAGUAUUGAUCAACAUGUGCAUUCAGAACCAUUUGAAAAAAAUAUACCUGUGCUUCUCGGGUUGUUGAGCGUAUGGAAUGUCUCAUUCCUUGGAUAUCCUGCCAGAGCUAUCUUACCUUAUUCUCAAGCCUUGGAGAAGCUUGCCCCACACAUUCAACAGGUCAGCAUGGAAAGUAAUGGAAAGGGAGUUUCUAUUGAUGGGGUACCUCUACCAUUUGAGGCUGGUGAGAUUGAUUUUGGUGAACCAGGAACAAACGGGCAACACAGUUUUUAUCAACUUAUACACCAGGGCCGUGUUAUUCCUUGUGAUUUUAUUGGAGUUGUGAAAAGUCAGCAACCUGUUUACCUGAAAGGUGAGGUAGUGAGCAAUCAUGAUGAGCUAAUGUCAAAUUUCUUUGCACAACCAGAUGCCCUUGCCUAUGGGAAGACACCAGAACAGUUGCAAAAAGAGAAUGUUCCACCACAUCUUGUGGCACACAAGACCUUCACUGGCAAUCGGCCGUCUGUCAGUCUUCUGCUUCCAUCAUUGAAUGCUUAUAAUAUUGGACAGUUGUUAGCAAUCUAUGAACAUAGAGUUGCUGUUCAAGGUUUCAUAUGGAACAUCAAUUCUUUUGAUCAAUGGGGAGUGGAACUGGGGAAGUCAUUAGCUACUCAAGUGAGAAAGCAACUUAAUGCGUCGCGUACAAAGAAGGAACCAAUUCAAGGCUUUAAUUUCAGUACUACAACUAUGUUAACAAGAUAUCUUCAGGCAAGUGCAGAUAUCCCAGCUGAUCCACCAACUCAUUUACCUCAGAUUUAACUUCGUUUAUGCGGUAACUUAACAUUUGGUGUGGCAUUUAUCAGAGCCAUUUUGCAAAUUUCACUCAUAAGGCUGUUAUACUGCUUCAAACUUUGGGCAACUUGAAUGUUUUUCUCUAUGAAUGUGAGGUGCUGGAUUUUCUGGUCAAAUCAAAGAAUCCUAAUAAUAACGUUAUAUACAGUGAAUGGUUUGUGUUUCCAUUUUCGAAUACAGUGGUCAAAUAGAGGGCAGAAUUGGUCUGUGAACUUGUUACCAAAGGGCUUUCUACUGACAGAUUGAAGAUGCAUUUUAACCUUUCAGCUUUCAAUACUUUUUUUGGAUGGAUUGAGCUUCUUUCUUGCUAAAAAAAGAAAAGAAAAAGAGAAACAAAGGCUAUCUUUUUUCC